AUGAUGCGGCAAGAAACAACUUUGACGAAGCCGGCACGUAAAAAACCGAACAUUGAUGCAUCGAUAGCCGAAUGAUUUUCGAGAAUUCCGUAGAAUAAGAAUUACACAAGUUCUUAUUUCAUUCACGGAUUUACCAUUUGCCACCGAUAUAUCGAUGAUCUUAAAAACUCGUUCUUGAAGUAUUAUAGGUAACAAGAAAUUUUUUUUUAUUUUAUAAAUUCUCUUGAUCAUUUUUGAGAUUUUCAAUGCAAUCCAAAAUUGCAUUGUUCCAAGAAAACGUUUAUUUGUAGUUAUACAUGAAAUGGGUAGUGCUUGGUGGCAGUGCGCCGCAUGUUUGAGAACACAAGAAGAAGAUAUUUGCGAAUUGCACUUGAAUAAUUGUAAUCUUUAUGAUGUACCACCCGACGUGUUCAUUUAUGAGAGGACACUGGAGAAAUUAUAUCUUGAUGCCAAUAGAAUAAAGGAUCUUCCAAGGCCACUGUUUCAGUGCCAUGAGUUACGAGUACUUUCUCUCAGUGACAAUGAAGUCACCACGUUACCACCCGCCAUAGCAUCGUUAAUUAACUUGGAAUAUCUAGACCUUAGCAAAAAUAGUAUUAAAGAGCUACCAGACAGUAUAAAAGAAUGUAAAAAUCUUCGUUCUAUAGAUAUCAGUGUUAACCCGUUUGAACGUUUCCCAGAUGCUAUUACACAUAUUGUUGGACUAAGAGAAUUGUAUAUAAAUGAUGCAUACAUAGAGUAUCUACCAGCAAAUUUUGGAAGACUUUCAGCUUUGAAAACGUUAGAACUUAGAGAAAAUAACUUGAUGACAUUGCCAAAGAGUAUGAGCCGUUUGAUAAAUUUGCAAAGACUUGAUAUUGGUAAUAAUGAUUUCACUGAAUUGCCUGAAGUUGUUGGGGAUCUUAUCAAUCUUACCGAAUUGUGGAUAGAUGGUAAUGAUAUUAGACGUAUACCACUUAACAUUAAUCAGCUUUACCGUUUAAAUCAUUUUGAUUGUACAAUGAAUGCAAUUCAUAUUAUCCCGUCAGAGGUAGAAGGAUGGAGAGAGAUUUCAAUUAUGCAUCUUUCGUCAAAUGAGAUCUAUCAGUUACCAGAUUCCCUUUGCUAUUUACGUACAAUUGUGACUCUUAAAGUUGAUGACAAUCAAUUGAAUGCACUGCCAAAUGACAUUGGACAAAUGUCAAGCUUGGAGGAGCUUAUAGUUACUAAGAACUUCCUUGAAUAUUUGCCAUCAUCAAUAGGACUUUUGCGAAAAUUGCAUUGUUUAAAUGUAGACAAUAAUUACUUGAGAUGCCUUCCACCAGAAAUUGGAAGUUGCACCGCAUUAUCGUUGCUGUCAUUGAGAUCAAACAAUCUAACUCGAGUCCCGCCUGAAUUGGGACAUUUAUCCUCGUUAAAAGUACUCAAUCUUGUAAACAAUUGCAUCAAAUUUUUGCCUGUUUCUAUGUUGAAUUUAAGCAAUUUGAAAGCAUUAUGGCUGAGCGACAAUCAAAGUCAACCGUUAGUGCCAUUGCAGCAGGAAUUCAAUUGUGAAGAGGAUAUGAUGGUGUUAAGUUGCUUCAUGCUCCCACAAAAACCACGGCAAGAACUUGAGCAAAUAACACCGGCUGUAGGAUUAAUUUCAAGUUCGAUUGUUGGUACUGGAAAAAGAAUAUGUUUUGCUGCUGAGGUAGAAUCUGAAAUCCCUAGACAACUUCAUCGAGCACCGACUCCCUAUCCUAAAGAGCUACGCAAUCUUGCCAGGCAUGCCCGCAAUUUACAUCAUCAAUCAGCUCAUGAUCAGAGAAUGCAUUUAGAACAGGAGACUAUGAUCAAAGAAGCUAUUAUUGCUACAACUAUUCUGGACCUUACCUCAAAAUCUGGGACCUGUUUUUCACAAAGUUUAUUUAAUAAGGAUUCACAUUCAUCAUUAUCACCAACUGAACAUCGUACAUCAAAGGCGUGCAAGAAUAAUACUCCUACGGAUGUUGGAACAGAACAAUCUGUUUCAGAAGAAUCUUCCGAUGAAGCAAACAAAACGGUACUUGCAAAAGAAAAAAGUCCGGAUAUUCGAGAAGCGAAAUAUAUUCGUAAUCCUACGUCCGAGUACCUUUCUAAGCCUCCAACAGUAGCAGAUUAUGUAAAUUCUACUUGGAAACCGGAUGAAUACUCGAAGGCAAACACAGCAAAAAUUGUUGAAUCGGAGAAAUUUAUAGAACCCUACAAGACUACAUCUAUUGCCGCGAACAACAAGAAUGCUAAUCAUGUUCAAGUGCCGAAAGUAAAUGAAGUUCCACCCGUCCCGCCGCCGUAUCAUAUUGCUGCCGCGUUUUCAAAAAAAGCAGCACUCUUUCAACAAUUAAAUCAAUGAAACACAAAUACAAAAUUAUGAUGGAGAAUCAUUUAAAGUCGAAGAACACUCAUACAAUGACAAAUUUUUAUCGAAUAAUACAACAAACAUUUCAAAUAACGAUGAAAAAAUAAGCUCUUUUAGUGGUACCGAUCAAAUACAUGCGUUAACAGAAUCGAUCGAUUCGACAGAACAAUUAUUAGAAGGAGAUCGAUCAUUGAAACCAAGUAGAAUUCCUAUUUUAAAGACGAAGCAUCUGGAGAACACAAAUUCUAUUUCAAAUAGCGAUCUGUCAAACAAAUGCACAAACUCUUCUGUUGAAGACUACGAAUCUUUAAAAAUGUUGGAUGCAUCGUCUAUACCAACAUCUCCCAUAACCGGAAAAAAAUAUCGAAGUCCGUUAUCUAUGCAACCUAAAGUUUCGGAUCGGUCAAAAAAGAUAAUAAAUGGAACUGUGUCGAAUAACAAUAUCUCCUGUGAUAAUUUAUCUAUAAACCCAGUGAACUCAAGUCCAGUUGCAAAUUCGAAUAUGGAAGGAAUUUCAAGAAUUUUAUCUAGCGAAACGCCAUUGAAUAUGAAUAUUUCAUUUAACAUAAAGAAUGAAACUAAUUCUGGUCGGAGUACUCCAAUUUUACCUAAUAAUAAAUCUUUAAAUGAGAUGACCAAUCUUAAUGUUGAGAAGUACAAAAUUGCUGGACAAAAUGAGUCAUUAAAUUCUGAAAGAAAACCAAGAUUUAAAUGGAUGUUUGGGCCACACAAAAAUGCUAACGUAGGAAUAAUUGUGACUAAAGUAAAUCCAGAUGGUCCAGCACAAGGUACUCUUCGACCAGGAGAUAAAAUUUUAGAAGUAGAUGGUAUAGACUUCACUAAAUCUGAUCAUAACAAUGCUGUGGCUGUCCUUCGAGCAACCGGAGCAGUAGUAUCUAUGAUGAUUAGCCGUCAUCAAUGACAUCCAAUUAAAAAAGAACAAUGGUUUCUUUCCUUUAGUUUUUAUAACUAGUGAUGAGUUUAUAAACGUCACGUAAGUUUUUUUUUAGAAUAUAUAUUUUUUUAACUAAUAUUAGUAUAUGUCAACGUAUUAACACGCACGAAAAAAUAUGGAAGUUUCAUUUUGUUUUUCUGAACGCCUGUUUUCAUGAUAGUAAAUCAUAUUCCUUUUGAUACUAUCAAGAAAUUUAAUGACUGAAACAGCGUUACCAAAGGUGGGAGUAAUGGCAUUUAUUUAAGGAAAAUAUUUCAGGCUCCCAAGUGGUUACGAUUUGUGAACUGAGCUUUUGAAAGAAAAAAACAAUAACAAUUUCGUGAAAGAAUUCGGUUCUUAGGUUAUACCAUAGAUUAGAAACGCGUCCCUUGCACAAUUUACAAUAAAAAAAUGUGAUGUAUAAAAGAACUAUUUUUAAGAGAAAUUUCUUCAUGAGCCAAUUCACAGCUCACUUGCAUUAUUUGGCCACAUACGUAGGUAAAAUAGCAAUUCUUUAGCAAACAAUUAUAGGAUGAUAAGUUUCUUCCCGAAUUUCUAAUUCCGUAAAAAAUGCAUAUAUUUGUGUUGUAUUAUGAUGUUGAUUGUAUUUGUGUCAACUCACUUGUUCUCUUUGUAGAGAGCUGACAAUGUGCCAGAAACAAAAUACUAUUUAUUACUCAUAUACAUUUAAAAAAAUCCUAUAUAAAAAUGAAUAUAUAUUAUGCAUAUAUAUUAUAUACAAAUAAUUAUCUCUAUCAAUUAGAUGGGAUUCUUACAGAUACUUAUUUCGUAAGAUGUGAAUGGUUUUUCUACAAAUUUAUUUUAACACAUCGUUUUUACAAGCACAAAGAGUUCUACGAUUAAUUUACUUGUAUUAUUUACAGUUUAUAUUUAAGAAAUGAUAUACUUUAAUUUUAUUUAGAAAUUACAUCUGUGAGAAUCUUAUUAAUCUUAUUAAAAGAAAAAGGGAAAAUAUUUCUCUAUGUGCCGUAAUUUUAUUGGUAAUAUUUUUAAUAGUUCUAUCACUAUCAGUUUUUUCUUUCCUUUUUAAUAAAAGAAUAUUCAUAUCGAAAAUAUAAAUUUACAUUUUUCGAACGAUUUUAUAUAUUUUUGCUUGCCAUUGUUUCGUGAUAAGUUUGUUUUAUUAAAUGCUAGUAAUUCUCUUAUCGCAAAGUCAACUGUUAAGUGUUUGAUAAAAUGAGAUUUAUUGUUAUGGUUGUGAAUUAUUAUACUUGAUUCAUUCUGUGUAAAGGAACAAAUGUAUGUACCUUGUAGAAACUGUUUUUUAACAAUAGUUAUUAAUGUGGCAUGAUGGCCAAAUCGUAAGAUAAAACACUACUUUUCUAUGUUAGUGAAAUUAUAUUGAAAAAAAAAAAAAAUGAAAGUUAUUCAUGUAAAUGGAGUAGAGUUGUGAGAUAAAUGUUUAGAAAGGUUGUAUGAUGACGUAUAGCACAGACAAGUGAACUGUUUAUGUCAAGAUAUGAGUUAUAACUAGUACAUUAUUUGUAUUCCAGAACUUUUACAAAAUAACAAUAUCGCACUUCACUUUACCUCGCAUAUACAGAUCAAUUACUAUGCACAUUCUCUUGAACUAUGCAUUUUUUACGUAUAUUUUAAUUAGUUUCGUCAACUAUAAGGAUAUUUAAAAGUAAUGGUUUAUGCAUUUUUAUAAAUAUGUUUAAAUAAUGUUUAUAUAUAUUAUUUGAUUUUAUUUAUUCUUUUCUUUCUUGUAUUUUUUAAUGUUUUUCAAAGAUAUAAAAUAUUUUCUGGUAUUCAUGUUUACAGCAAUUUUUUAAACAACUUAAACAGCU